CGCGCAGCCACUCACCAGUGGCAAGUAGUGAACCGAGUGCCAACAGCCCGGGCAACGCUACUACCGAGAGAGAGGCAAUCGAAGAAGGAAAGCAGUGUCAAGUCUCGGGCCAGUACAACGUAGUAAAUAGUGGAAAACCAGCAAACGAACUAUGGAACAAAAAAAACACUUGGAGAUGCAGGCAACCGGGGAAAACGUCCUUCUCGACGAUGAACCAGGAUUCAACUUAUUCGAAAACCUGCUACCGAAUUUCCCGAUGGAGGAGGAGUCCACCGAAGAGCUUCCGCUGCCGGAGCCACCUAGGGACGAGCUUUCGGUGCCGCCCGAGACCGGUUCGGUGUGCGACGUGAACAUCGACCAGAGGCUCCAGAUCAGGCAUGACUGCAUGUGGUCCGGCGUCUGCGUAGACCUAUCGCACCCGGAGAAGUUCGGCUUAGGUCUAGGUGAAGGGUGCUGCAUUGACGGUGGCGGCGAUCCGCUAGUGCUACUAGCGCAGGAACAGCAACGGAACCAGUUACAGAAUCUCGCACCGGAGGUGGCAAAACCGGGAAACACUACUAGUGCCAAGGAGAGCGCAGAGACGCUCAAGCCCCAGUCAACGCCGUUCCGGGUUCCAACAACGGUGGCCGAGAUACCGGCCGGUAGCUCGUUGCUCAUCAAACGCUCCCCACAACAGCAACAGCCACAAAACCGUGCGAUAGUCAGCGGCGGCGGCGUCGGCGUCGGCGGUGGCGGCAACGGCAGCGGCAGCAGCGGCAACUACAGCACAAAUGUGUCCCCUAGUACUUCCACGCUUCGUCUACCGUAUAUUCCGACCGGCGCGUUCAUGAAGAACCGAGAACACCAUAUACUGAGUGGUGCGAUACAUCAUCACACCAGUUCGAAUACACCACUCAGCGUGGAUGAUGAUCCGCCGGAGUUCAAACACAAGCUGGACCUGGUCGCCACCUGUACCGUUAGCUGUAGUGAAGCGCCAGCCGCUACCGGCUCUGCUGCACCUUCCGCUUCCUCGGCCGUCAGCAGUGGUAGCAUAAAUGGGGAAAACGUUGCACUAAACUACUGUAACCAAACCGCCCAGUUGCUCCAGGAUGAUGCCACAGCACAGCUCAGCGCAGGCUACAUGCGCAGUACAUCCAUCGAACCGCUCGGCGGACAGCUAUGGACGGUGCCCGACUCAUCGGACAGUGGCUUCAGCAGCAACAGUCUGUCCCAACUGCUUCGCGAUCUUCGUGAAAUCGAAGAAAGGGACUCAGCGACGUUAUCGUCCGCUUUUAGUUUCUCCUCGCAGACGAUCGACAACUCGGUAAGAAGUUCCGGCGAGUGUGGCGAUCGGGGGAGUUGCAGUAAUUUUCACUACUGGAACUGGAACAACAGCAGCAACAGCAGCAACAGCAGCAGCCGUAGAAUGACGAAAAGUAGCUGCGCCAGCUUAGCUGGCGAUCUGACCGACACGACGGUUGUUAGUGCUGCUAUCAAGAAGGUCACGUUGACAACGGUGCAUCGGAAAGAGAAGACGUUAGUGGAGAAUGACGACGCUGAAGAGGAUGAUAAACAGGAUGACGAAUUGCUGUUCGAUACAGCACCCAGUGACUCGCCAGUCACUGCUAAAAGUUUCUCGUUCGAGAAACACGAUGACGAGGAGGAGGAAGAUUUCGUGGAGAAAGGGUGUGACUUAGAACAAGAUGACGAGUUGCCUUCUGAUGCAUCGGCCAGUGACUCACCCCGUGGUUUGGACAGUUCCUUUACUUCCUGCUCUGAGGAAGAUGAUGAUGAUGAUGAUGAUGAGGAGCACGUCGAGAAGAAAGGUGAUCGCCCACAACAACAUAACAAACGGUUUUCGGAUGCAGCAGCAGCAGGAGAAUCAGCCAUUUAUGCGCACUGUUCCUCUACUUCUUGCUCCGAGGAAGAUGACAACGAUGACGGCGACGAGGAAGACUACAAGAAGGGAGCGCCAGGGUACGGAAGUAGCAAUGGUUAUGGCCCAUCACGCGCCACGCGCCGCCACUUGGGCAAACGGGGCGUAUGGUGCCAACGUCGCCAGAACCUCACCGGCCGUCUAGGUGACGGCGGACAGCCUGCAAAGAGAAGGAAGCUUAAUAAGAAUGAUUCGUCGACGAACUUUGACAGUGCUACUGCAACUUCGCCGACCUCUUUCCGUGACACUAGCGUCGGCCGACGUCGAGGUGGAAGUGCGACGUCGUCCGAUUCUCUACCGUUCGAGGGCCGCCAGGCGACGCACGUUGGAGACCACAGUUACACCCGGCCGAAGGGGCACUUUAACAUGAACGACCUCGGCGUGCAGACACCUUCCGAAUCGGAGGAAGAAAUCGAUGUCGUGUCAAUCGGUGACAAGAACUUGCCGACGAAUCCCACGGCUCGUGAUCGGCGCGCUCUUCAGUCAACGGUGGCCAGCAAGAUUCGCAAGCAGCAAGCAGCGGCAUCGUCACGCCACGCGGCAUCCGGUUCCGCGCAGUACGGCGGAAGUUGCUUACAUCGCCAACAGCAGCAUCGUGUCGACGAUGACCGCUACGUUAGUGGUUCGCAUUCGCUGAACGUUAGCGGCGGAGGCGGCGUCAACCUGAUGCUCGGUAUCUAUCCGACUCCCGCCGGUUCAACGACGAUUUCCGGUGCGAACACUCCACUGCUGACCGGCAGCGGCUGCUCGAGUGUGGCUUCAUCUCCACCACCGGUCCCAUCGUCCGCUCGUAAACGGUCUGGUAUUAGUAGUAGUAGUAGUGCGAGAGGCAGCAACAGUAAACACCAUCGCGGCGGUUCAUCAUCCGUGAAACGGUCGCGCCGGCAAGGGAAGAAAUCCGCAUCGUCAACCGGUGCCAGUAGGGCAGCAGACCCGCAUUGCGACGUUACCGCACAUGAGCCGGAUUCGGCGGAAAAACGCAACCUUCAUAACAACAUGGAACGCCAGCGCCGAAUCGGCUUGAAGAACCGGUUCGAGGAGCUGAAACGUCAGAUACCGAGCCUGCGCGACAAAGAU